UGGCUUUAAAGCCAUGACGGCUAUCCCACAAUCCAUCUCCCUCCGCCAUCUUUGUAUUAUUUCUAAUUUAUUUUAUGUCAAAGCCCCGCCGAUGAAGAUAUUUCCUCUGGAGUCUCCUUCCUCCCCGCUCCCGAUGUGACCGAAGACCCAGGAUGUCUCGCCGCAAGCAAGGCAACCCGCAGCACCUGAGCAAACGGGGGUUCUCACCCGAUUCCGUGGAAGCCAUUCUCUCAGACGAGGAAGAGGAACAUGGCACCCUGGGAGCUCCUGAGGGGGACCACGACCUCCUUACCUGUGGCCAGUGUCAGAUGAAUUUCCCGCUGGGGGACAUUCUAAUCUUUAUUGAGCACAAAAGGAAGCAGUGCAAUGGUGGCCUCUGCCUGGACAAAGCUGUGGAUAAGCCACCGUCACCUUCGCCCAGCGAGCUGAAAAAGGCAUCCACGCCCGUCGAGGUCGGCGUCCAGGUCACGCCAGACGACGAUGACAGCCUAUCCACGUCAUCCAAGGGAGUUUGCCCCAUACAGGAAAGCACAGCAGCAGGAAAGGAUGAGCCGAGCAGUUACACUUGCACAACCUGCAAACAGCCAUUCACCAGCGCAUGGUUUCUCCUUCAGCACGCCCAGAACACUCACGGAUUCCGAAUCUACCUGGAGACGGAGCACGGGAGCCCCCUGACCCCGCGGGUGGGCAUUCCUUCAGGACUAGGCGCUGACUGCGGCCCGCAGCCCCCGCUUCACGGGAUGCACAUCGCGGACGGCAACCCUUUCAGCAUGCUGCGAGUGUCGGGGCCCGUCUCGCGGGAAGCUUCGGGGCUGAGCGAAGGCCGUUUCCCCCCUACGCCCCCGCUCUUCAGCCCCCCGCCCCGCCACCACCUGGAUCCCCACCGCAUGGACCGGCUGAGCGCGGAGGAGAUGGCGCUGGCGGCCGUCCACCAUACCAGCGCCUUCGACCGAGUGAUGCGCCUGAACUCCUUACCCCUCGAGCCGCCAGCCAUGGAUUUCUCCCGGCGGCUCCGGGAGCUGGCGGGCAACACCUCCACCCCUCCGCUCUCGCCCGGCCGUCCCAACCCUAUGCAAAGGCUACUGCAACCAUUCCACCAGCCGGGAGGCAAGUCCCCGUUCCUGAGCACUCCCCCUCCCCCUCCGCUGCCUCCUUUACCGCCGCUGCCCUCCUCGGCCGUGCAGCCCUCCCCCUCGCCAGCCUCCCAGGCGGCCGCCGUGCUCAAGAGCAAGUCGUGCGAGUUCUGCGGCAAGAGCUUCAAGUUCCAGAGCAACCUGAUCGUGCAUCGUCGCAGCCACACCGGGGAGAAACCGUACAAGUGUCACCUGUGCGACCACGCCUGCACCCAGGCCAGCAAGCUCAAGCGUCACAUGAAGACCCAUAUGCACAAGUCCUCGCCCGUCACCGUCAAGUCGGACGACGGCCUGUCGGCGGCCAGCUCCCCCGAGCCGGGCACCAGCGACUUGGUGGGCAGUGCCAGCAGUGCCCUCAAGUCUGUGGUGGCCAAGUUCAAGAGCGAAUCGGACGGCGGGCACGGGGUGCCGGAGAACGGGGACGAGGAGGAGGAGGAGGAGGAAGAGGAGGAAGAGGAGGAGGAGGAGGAAGAAGAGGAAGAGGAGGAAGAGGAGGAAGAAGGAGGCGAGCACGAGAGCAGGCCCGAGUUUGCCUUCAGCGUGGGGCUGGAGGGCGGCCGGCACCACGAGAACAGCUCGCGGGCGCUGGAGGAGAAGCGGCCGAUGCCUGAUGUGAUGCAGAGCAUGGCCAUGAACGCCAUCCAGCACUACGGAGAGGUCUUCCACCAGGCGCUGAUGGAGAAACACAAGCGGACGCACCACUUGCCCGAGACGGAGGUCCACAGGGACACUUGCGACGAGGACUCCGUGGCGGGCGAAUUCGAACGCAACGACGACGGUACCGUCAACGGCCGGGGGUCCUCUCCCGGCGAGUCGGCCUCGGGCGGCUUGUCUAAGAAGCCCCUGCUGGGGAGCCCCAGCUCCCUCAGCCCCUUUUCCAAACGCAUCAAACUCGAGAAAGACUUUGACUUGCCCUCAGCACCUUUGGCCCCCGCGGACAAUGUUUAUUCCCAGUGGCUGGCAGGCUACGCUGCCUCCCGCCAGAUGAAAGACCCCUUCCUCAGCUUCGGAGACUCCAGACAAUCGCCUUUCGCAACUUCGUCCGAGCACUCGUCGGAGAACGGCAGCUUGCGCUUUUCCACUCCCCCGGGAGAGAUGGACGGUGGGAUUUCGGGUCGGAGCGGCACGGGAAGCGGAGGGAGCACGCCCCACAUCACCGGCCCCGGGAGACCCAGCUCCAAAGAGGGCAGGCGGAGUGACACAUGCGAGUUUUGCGGCAAAGUCUUCAAGAACUGCAGCAAUCUCACAGUCCAUCGGCGCAGUCACACGGGCGAGAGACCAUACAAAUGUGAGCUGUGCAACUACGCCUGUGCCCAGAGUAGCAAGCUCACGCGACACAUGAAAACGCACGGUCAGGUGAGGUAUUACGGCUAUUAUCAGUCUCAAUUACAGCCACAGUGAUACGAGGAUGGACGGACAGACAGACGGACAGAUGGACAGAUGGCGAGGGAGGUGGAAGAGGAGAGGAGGGGCAGGGUGGCGGAAGUUUCAAAAACGGACACAAGUUGCCUGAAACGCUCCCCCCUCCCUCAACGAGGUGAGAACGUACUCCCCCACCCCCCUCCCCACCCCACAAAUGGAUCAAGUUCCAGCUCAAGGAGACUACGUGGACCUGACCACCUACGAGGGGAAACAAUGUAAAGUAAUUUUUUUGGAUUUAAAAACGAAACAAAAAAACAAACAUUAGUGCUUGACAAAUAGAAGAUUCAUAAGUUAAACGUUUAAAUAUUUGAUAUAAAGGAGCUCUGUGUAAGACACGUUUACCCACAGAACGCCACUGUGCGACGCACUGUUUUUUAUUUCUAUUGAAUUUUCAUAUGUAUCGCUUUGAGCUGUGCAAUGCAACAAGAAGUCUCUUAUUAGUCAGUAGUUAGAAACCCUAUUGAAAUACUCCUCCCCACACC